CCUAGUACAUCAGCCGCAACUGUUUCAUCUGUGCAAGAUAUUUCGCAGCCUAGUCCAUCAGCCGCAUCUGUCGAUGAAACUAAUAAAGAAAAGAAAUAUCGACGAGGAAGAUUAGAAGAGAUUAUGGCAAAAAAAGAUGCUGCUUUGUUGAAACUCCGAAAACAAAAUUUAGUUUUAAGAAAUAGAAUACAAAAGAUGAAGGAAAAGGAUCAUAAUGAUAAAUACAAAAAGGCUUUAAGUUCGAUUUUUACUGAAGAUCAAAUUACAUCUCUAUUAACAAAAAGUCAAAGCGUAAAGAAAUGGUCAAAUGAGACAAUUAAACGAGCUUUGCAAUUAAGAUUAGUCUGUGGAACUAACGGAUACAAAGAACUUAUACACCAUGGAAUACCCCUUCCAAAUAUACGAACAUUGACACGAAGAUUAGAAUUUUUUAAAUUUAAACCUGGUAUUUCAGAUCCGAUGUUAGAAUUUUUACAACAUAAAAAGCCUUAUUUUAAAAAAGAAAUUGAUUUGGAAUGUGGGUAA